AUGGUAGCACCUGACGCCAUCAAGCCCUGGCUUCGUGCCGCUCCUUCAUCCUACCUUCUCACCAACGGAAACGUCGUCGACGUACUCAAUGGCACAAUUCUCAAAAACUGCUCCAUCACUAUAAAGAAUGGCAUUAUUGAAUCCGUCACCCCUAACUCUCCCUCAAAAGCACACCAAAAAUCCUCAACAACACAAAAAGUCGUCGACUGCAAGGGCAAAUACCUCUGCCCCGGCCUUUUUGAUGCCCACGUCCAUCUCAUGGCCGUCCCCGGCUUCACAGACCUAUCCAAGGCAUUCGGUAACCCGAAUGAUGUGCAUCUGCUUCGUCAGCCGUACGUAUGUGCCCAAAUGUUGCAUCGGGGAUUCACCUCCGUGCGCGACUGCGGCGGUGCACAUUUAGCGCUCAAAGAGGCUAUUGAAGAUGGCGUGUGGCCGGGCCCGCGACUCUUUAUUGCGGGUUAUGCGUUGAGUCAGGCGGGCGGUCAUGCCGAUUAUCGCGGGCCACACGAUCACACCCAAUGCUGUGGAUUGGGCACCACGGGCCUCGGCCGAGUCUGCAACGGAGAAGCAGAAUGCAUGACUGCAGUGCGCGAAGGAAUCAGGACCGGAAGCGAUUUCAUCAAAAUCAUGGCUUCGGGUGGCGUUUCGUCGCCGACCGAUAAAUUGGAGCAUCUGCAAUUUACGCCGCGCGAGAUUCGUGCCAUGGUGGAAUGCGCUGACCAAGCGGGCACAUUUGUCACGGCUCAUGCAUAUACACCCAAAGCGAUUCGGCAUGCUAUCAACAAUGGUGCCAGGGGUAUCGAGCAUGGCAAUUUCAUUGAUCCGGAUACCGCGAAACUCAUGGUUGAGAAGGGUGUUUAUCUUACACCUACGCUGAUUACAUAUGCCGAAAUGGCAAGCCCAAAUUGGGAGGGCUACUUACCCGUUGAAUCGCAGACCAAGAACACAGAGGUCCUACAGGCCGGAUUGACGGCACUUAAGAUCGCGGCUGAGGCGGGKGUCAAGAUGUGCUAUGGUACCGACCUCCUGGGCCCGUUGGGCGCUGCACAGUCCAAGGAAUUCAAGCUGAGAGCUUCGGUUCUGUCGCCGUUGCAGGUUCUGCAGAGCGCCACGAUCAAUCCGGCUGAGAUGAUGGGUUGUGCAGAGACGUUGGGACAGAUCCAGAAGGGGUUCAAGGCUGAUAUUCUCUUGCUAGAUGCUAAUCCGUUGGAGGAUGUGACUAUUCUGGAUGAUCCGGAGAAAUUCAUUUUGGCUGUUAUGAAGGAAGGGAGGAUAUACAAGAGUCGUUGGGAGGAGAUAGAAGAGGAUGCGGAGAUCCCAGUUAGAGUCAAGGCGGCUUUGUGA